CUGUUAGCGCGCGCAAGGGGCUUUUAUCCAUGUGCGCGUGCGUUCUUUGUGACGUCACUGGCAGAUCAAAGGAAUUAGCUUUUGCUUUGAUCCGUCAGCUACGUCUAGGGCAGGGAAACCCAAUAAAUAGGGGCUCUCACACAGAAACGUCACUGCUCAUCUGUUUGCAAAUGUUCAACAGUCGGUGUUCCCUAAAACAAGGAAAUUCUCCCGCUGUUCUCUCAAACCCAGAAAAUCAAAUUUGCGACAAAACCAUGGCAACACGCAGCGAAAAUGAAAAUUCAAUCGUGGUCACACCAGACCAGAUUAUGCCACCUAUCAACAGGUGCUUCGAAAGGCUCUCUGAAAGUCAAUUGAGCAUGAUAGAAAGUAGUGCAUGCGACUCGGACGCCCAAGCGGCGCUCGCUGAUAUGAUUUGUGAAAUCAUUCAGAUCGCCUCUACCGGAAUCCUGAAAAAUGCCCUUCCUGUUAUCCAGGAUCGCAAGACGAGGGAAGAUUCGGAGCCUUUAGAUGUGGGGAAAAUAAGCCCGUCCCUCGGAGACUCGAUCUCAGCCGCCAUCGCCAGCGCUCUUGACGUCCCGAAACAGCGACAUGAGAGCGCUGACGAGCUGACACGGAUGGUUGAGGAAGAGAUCUCCGAAAAGGUCAGCUCAGCAGUUAAAGUCAUUACCGAAAGCCCCGAUCUCCCACAAGACCCCGCCGUUUAUGUGAGCGGCAAAUGUAGUAAUAUUAAAAAGCUGCACCGCAUGGUUUGCCACGCUGCCUCGUGCCUUAAAAGGUAUGUAGCACGUAAGCCGCGCUGCCGGUGCGGGUCAAGCGGCUCUGAUUCCGGUACAGAAAGUACGGAUUCAAAGAUGUCGGUGCAAUCAGUAAUCACAGAGAUUUCUGUGAUUCUGUCAUCAAGGAGCUCAGAUGGAGAGAUGACAGAUAAAGAUAAAGAUGAGGAGGAAACUCUAACAGAAAAGGACGAAAUCAAACCAGCUGCAGGAAGCCAAAGUAUCCGAGCUCCAACCCCAGUAGAAGUGGUUGCAGCUGACAUCGUAAAUGAGAUACUUGGCAACAUGGAUUUAAGCAGUGAAGAGCACUGUGAGAGGUGUCGCUUACCCAAACCUGCCUUUAAUGCAGGAUUAAUUAUCAACAAGCUGAGAGACUUCUUCUCCAGAUGUUUGCCAUCCACCUCUCACUCCGGGCUCAAAGCACGCAAACACCGCUUUUCCAUGUUUGCAAAAAAACUAUUUGAAAAAAUGAAAAAAGAGCUGAGAAAAGUAAUAAAGGCAAACAGGAAUUUUUUUGUUUGUCUAAAAAACAUUUGCAAGUACCCCAAAAGUGACACAGUGCCCUCAGAUGAAAGUAAGGUUUUCAGCCUCUCAGGGUCAGUCCCAGAAACUCUUCGUCCCCAGAGUACAGAGGCUCAUCGAGCCCCUUCCCGAAACACACUGCUUCGUUACAUAUGUUCUGCUCCGGUCGACUUUGAUGGCAUUAGAUCAGAGGUUAAUCAGUUAUUUGACAAACUAACAAAGAAAGAAGAACCUUUCAUCAUUCAUAAAACACUGGAAAACUUUAGAAAUACUGGGGCAACCAGAGAUUUUACUGUGGAGUUGACGGGAAAAGUGUUUGAUCUACUUAUGACAGAUCGACUGUAUCAAAUCCCCGAACCUCUGAUGGGUAGAUCCCUGUCUGACACCGUCAUCUCCAGGACUCCACGACAAACACAUGGCUUAAUGCGUCCCUUUUCUGCUGAAGUCCUCUAUGUGCUUGUAGAAGACGCAGUAGAAAAGUUUGUACAAAAGCUUUUACUCUGGGUGGAGAACGAAGACCAAGAUCAAAUGAUUGAUGACAAGGUUUCUGUGGCUGUGGAAGACAUCCAGAACUUUAUGAAAAGAACAAGGACCCCAACAAAGGACACAAGCACAGAUUCAGAUGGCAGUGGAAGAGAAUCUGUUCCAUUACCUGUAACACCAAAAUCUGGGAGCAUUACCCCGGAAAAAUCCUCUCUGGCAGCUGAUCAGAGAUGUCAAACACCAAAAUCUGGGAGCAUUUCCCCAGAAAAAUGCUCCCUGGCAGCUGAUCAGAGAUCUCAAACACCAAAAUCUGGGAGCAUUUCCCCAGAAAAAUGCUCCCUGGCAGCUGAUCAGAGAUCUCAAACACCAAAAUCUGGGAGCAUUUCCCCAGAAAAAUGCUCCCUGGCAGCUGAUCAGAGAUCUCAAACACCAAAAUCUGGGAGCAUUUCCCCAGAAAAAUGCUCCCUGGCAGCUGAUCAGAGAUCUCAAACACCAAAAUCUGGGAGCAUUUCCCCGGAAAAAUGCUCCCUGGCAGCUGAUCAGAGAUCUCAAACACCAAAAUCUGGGAGCAUUUCCCCAGAAAAAUGCUCUCUGGCAGCUGAUCAGAGACCUCAAACACCAAAAUCUGGGAGCAUUUCUCCCCAAAAACGCUCUGCCAGUGUUUCAGGCUCUCCCAAGGAUUCCUCUGACAUGUCAGAGAUGAGGUCUGCAUCAGUGUCAUCUUCUGAUGCUGAGAGAAUUUCCAAUGACCUCGCUUAUAUCCUCAUGAUGAGAAUCAUCAAAAAAUCAAGCCCUGAAACUCAACACUUUUGUGUCAGGACCUCAUGUACUACAAAAGAACUAGACGUGGUCCUCAAGCGUCUGCGAGAUCUGAUGCAGCCUGAAAUCAGCAGCACAGAGUCCGCCACAAGUCUGACCAAUGACAACAAAAAGUUCAUCAAGAAAAUGGCCAAAUGCCUCAUCAAGGAGUUUGGCUCCCCAGACGAUGUGUUAAAGGCUGCGAUGGCAAAUGAUGCGUCUUUUGAUGAGGCUCUGAUAAAGCAUCUAAAAAUGCUCCUCGGAGUCAUCCCCAGUCCUCCCAAAAAGUCCAAAAUUUCCAGGUUUUUUUCAGCAUUGGGAAAAACUCUGCGAAAACCCUUUAGGUGGUUCACUAAAGCCAGAGAUGAUUAAAAUGACCUUCCUGGCUUUUCCCCGCCGCGCUGCUUCUUUUAACAUCUUGAAGCAGAAUUUUGGCACCAAAUCCAAAUUUUAACAACUGUAGUUCACGCCAUCUUGUCUCCUUUUUGAUUUUCAUCCCCCCCAACCGGUCGCAGCGGAUGGCCGUCCCUUCUGAGCCCGGUUCCGUUGGAAGUUUCUUCCUGUUAAAGGGAGUUUUUCUUCCCCACAGUCGCCUAGUGCUUGCUCAGAGGGGGAUCAUUUGAUUGUUGGGGUUCUCUGUAGUACUGUAGGGUUUUGACCUUACAGUACAAACAGGGAGGAGACUUUGUGAUUUGGUGCUUGAUUUUUAAAAUAUCUAAU